CCGCCUCUGGAGACGGAAACAUAAACAGCAGGACAGUUCUGGCUAAGAGCUGCUGCGGGGCGCUGGACGUUCCCUGGGACCCCUAAUCCACGGUUCUCCGUUGAGCCUGCUAGUCACGCUAUAUGCAUCCCGUUAUCAGCAGCAACGCGCGACAGCAUUGAGCUACCCGCCACUUCCACUUGUGCGCAUUUUUCCUUCCUUUUCAAGGUCUUGAAAUUUAUUGGCUCAUUUGAGUGCUGUGCACCCCAUAGUAUAACCACUGAGCAACGCAUUCUGCCAUUUUGCCAUACACGACACGCAGUUCUCUCUGUUCAUCAGCUCAACCGGCAUAGUUCAUGGAGUCAAGCUCAGAUGAUGAGCAUGUUAUACUGGUUUUCAAAAACCCCGAUUCAAUUGAAACGGAGACCGAGGAGGAAGAAAUUCUUGUAUCUACCACAGAUAUUCUCAACUGGGAUCUUCAGACUAUUCUCCGUUUUCCAACGCUCAAAAUUCGGGCACUCCGGAGUAGGCUCAUUCAGCAAUGUUCCUAUUUCCGGGGCCUCUUCCGUGGGAGCUUCAGUGAAUCAUGCCUGGGCUCUACCAUUGUCGAAUGGAAUGUGCUAUCAUUUUUGGACAUUCUGAAGUAUCUGUAUGGCUUCCCGUUGGAGAUUACAUCGGAUAAUUUCCUCUCUCUUUAUGAGGGUGCACUUUAUUUUGGUGUGGAUUCACUUCUGUCAAAGUGCAAAAUAUGGCUUUCUGAUGUGUCCUCAUCCAAAGGAUCUCAACCAGUACAAAUGCAAAUGGAGGACAUAAUUCUGAUUUGGAAGUUUGGUUUGGAGCAUGAAAGUGAUUUUAUGAUGGAAUUAUGCACAAGCUAUCUGGCUAGAAAUUUUAUGUGGGCAAUACAUAGCACGUUAUUUGAAAAUAUUCCGUAUAAUAUGUUGUUGUCUUCUAUAGAGCACCCUCACCUGACUGUUGACAGUGAAAUGCAUCUGUCUGAUGCGCUUUUACGCUGGCUUGAAUGUAACUCCAAAAAUAUGGAGACCUUGGGCAGAAAGGAAUACAACUGUUACAGAAUGUUGAAAAAAAUUCGUGUUGGCCUUUUGCCUUUGUGGUUUGCAGCAGGGAAAAGAAACUCUUCAUUUUUUAGACAGCUUGCUGAAGAAAGCCUUGAUUCAAUUUUCAGACAAUUAAAUAUUCCACCCAUAGGUUCGCAAAAUCGUUUAGGAUAUGAUGACUUGGAGCAUCUCAGGAUUCGACUGACAGAAUAUUCCAAGAGAGUGAACCUUUCAGGUUGCCCCCAGAUAACACACGCAAUUCUACUUCUGUCACUGCUCCCUCUAUCACCUCCAAUGGAUCUCAGAUCAAGAAAUAUUAUUGAACUGCUUUACAAUAACUUUGAACACCCCAUAGGAGACAAACGUGCACUCCCACAAAUAAUGUUGCCGACUUUGUCCUUUGAAGGAGUUCAGGAGGUAGAUAUCUCGAAGUGUCAAAGAUUGCUAAUGGAAGAUGCCAUUGAAUGCUUUUGCAAGUCCUUUUCUUCUUUAAGAACAUUGAGAGCUGCUUAUCUUUUGAACAUCAGAACAACCACUUUUCUUAAAUUAGUGCUGAAGUGCCCGCAGGUAUGUGAAAUUGACUUGACUGUUGAUAUUACUCCACUAAUGCCAGCAUUAGUUUCAAUUUUAUCAUCAAGUCUUUCAGUGACAUCACUGGUAUCAGAGAGGGCUUCUAGUGUGACGUAUAAUGCAGUGGAUGCCUUCUCAUUUUAUGAAUCUGGACCACCACUGUCCAAAAUUACUAAGCUCAUCUUGGAAGGAAGAACUGAUAUCUAUGGUGCUCUUUACUUGUCUGUGCCAGAUUCAGAUCUCCAGUACAUCUCCAAAAUUUGUCUUUCACUGCAUCACCUGAAUAUUAAAGGAUGCGUUUCAGUCACAGACACUGGCAUAUCAGAUCUCAUAGGCAAAUGUAUAAAACUUAGCUCAAUUGUGGUUUGCGAUACUUCUUUUGGGGAAAAUUCAGUUCAAGCUCUUUCCUCGGCUAUUUCUGAUUGUGGCAGCUUUUCCUCUCAACAUUUUAGAGAUAAGCAUUUGAGUUCUGUAGCAUCUAACCUUCAAACCCUGCAUAUGGGGGGCUGCCGAGGUAUAAAUAAGUUGUCUCUACUUAAGCUUAUGUCUCAAAUGCAACUGCUGAGGGAUCUAUGCUUGAGAGGGACAGACAUGGUUGAUCAAGCACUUAAUAACUUCCCAGGUUCUUCCUUGGAGAUACUUGAUGUUUCGGAUACCAGGAUUUCUGGAGCUGCAUUAGCUCGUAUUAUUUGUGGAAACCCAAAUUUAAAGUGUCUAAAAGUUAGAGGCUGUAGUAAUUUAUUUCAAGAGGAAAGUUGUACUGAGGAAAGAGAAUCUAUCUUCUCUUGUUUGCAUGAAGAACUGUGCACCAAGCUAGGAAAGAUGUGCAGAUUGGAAGAAGUUGAAUUUGGAUGGGGUUUUUCAUCACUCUCCUUGAAAGCUAUGGAACCUGCAUUGAUGAUGUUACAGAGAAUCAAUGUAGGUUUGGGUGGAAUGCUUGGUGAAGAUGCAUUGAAAAAACUACCGGCAAUUUGUCCCUUGCUGGAAACAAUCAUAUUUCAGUUUCAGGUAAUAUCUGAUAGUGUUCUGGUGAACAUAGCCACGUCCUUGACAAACCUGCAAGAGUUAGCUCUGUGCUAUUGUUUUGGUGAUUUGUCCAUAUCAAGCUUCAAAUUCUUCACGCGAAAUCUUAGAAAGUUGAGGCUUAAAAGAGUAACCCCUUGGAUGACCAAUGAUGAUUUGGACGUCCUUACCCAAAACUGCAGAAAUUUGGUUGAACUUUCUUUAUUAGGAUGUCCUCUUCUUAACUCAGCAGAUUCUCAACGUAUAAUUUCACGCGGAUGGCCAGGCCUCAUUUCAAUCCAUUUAGAGGAAUGUGGAGGAAUAACAGCAAACGGGAUCUCUUCUCUUUUUGACUGCAAAGCCAUAGAAGAUCUCCAGCUGCGUCAUAAUGGACCUGGGCUGCAGGAAAACUUCAUUUUUUAUGCUGCUUCCAAGCUUCCAAUGCUUCGAAUGUUGUCUCUGGAUAUAUGCGAUGCAAGCAAAGGCGAUUUUGACAUUCCAAAAAUUUUAGAUCUAUCUGAAAUCCAUCGUGAAAUGCCCCAGACCCAUGCGGACAGAUACUUCUUGAGUAGCUUGAAGAUAGCAAGAUGCAAGUACCAAAGAUGUGCAUUUAAUCUCCCAGCUCCCUCCCGGGGAGCGUGUAGCAGGUCUGUGCACGUGGAGACGCUGGUGUUUGUAUGGAACAGCAGAGACCUCACUAGAGCAGUUGUGAAGGAAAGGCUUUAAAGUUAAAUCUAUAACCCCCCAGGAACUUCAUUUCGAACAUUUUGGUGGGAAACACCGGGUGUCAACUGAGGGGGUGUUUGGAUGAGUGUAAAAGUGCUUUUCAAAAAUAUUUUUCUGCAAAUC